AUAGCUAGGAACAUGUAUUCCUACCGUUAUAGUGGUCCUGCUAAACACGCAGUCAAUCAGACAAAUCAUACAAUCUAGGAUAGGAAAUCACUAAAUAUUUAAAGUUUGUUUAUUUAUUUUAUUGCAGUUUUUAGAGGUGGGUGAUCACGUGUCGAGGGUCUAGUUUCCUUUAAGCGCCCUGUCAACCACAUGACGGAGCUAUAUGUAGCGUCAGAGUGGAAAAGAAACAGGUAAAUUCAAAGUCCCUCACUUAUUGUCUGCGCGAGUCGGUUCGGCAUAAUUCCGCAUAUAGCUAACUAUUAUUCUAGGGUUUUCAUAUCGUCGAAAUCCGACUUGGAGGUCGACAGAGAGACCGCUUGGUUGGUUGUGUUGCAGAAUAUCAGACAUUCAAUUGGGUUUCUGGUGUUAUUCCUUUGUAAAUACUGUUAUUUGUAUAUACUGUAAAUGAUGACGUCGGUGGGCGGAAACCGAGCCCGAGGUAGCUGGGAGCAGCAGACGCAGACAGGCCAGACACAGAGCCAGACACAGCACAAGCAGAGGCCUCAGGCCACUGCUGAGCAGAUCCGACUCGCGCAGAUGAUUUCGGACCACAAUGAUGCUGACUUUGAGGAGAAAGUCAAGCAGCUGAUUGACAUCACAGGCAAGGACCAGGAUGAGUCCAUGAUCGCGCUGCACGACUGCAACGGAGAUGUCAACAGAGCCAUCAACGUGUUGCUGGAGGGUAGCCCAGAUACUGAUUCUUGGGAGAUGGUGGGGAAGAAGAAAGGAGUGUCUGGUCAGAAGGAGCCUGGCCAGGCCGAGACCGGAGAGGAAGGAAAGGAGAACAGGGAGAGGGGAACAGAGAGGGACGUGGCACGUCGUCGAGGUGGGGCCCCACGCAGGGGCCGAGGGGCCAGCAGGGGACGAGAGUUCCGUGGACAGGAGAAUGGUCUGGAUGGAGGAAAGGCUGCUGGGAUAGCAGGCAGGGGCACAGAGCGAGGCCACAGGGGGAGAGGCAGAGGAAGAGGGGGAGAGCGGGAGCGAGGCAGGCGAGGGGGCAGGUUUUCAGCGCAGGGCAUGGGCCAGAUUGAUAAGGGGCCCAGAUAUGAUUUUUCAGGAGAAGAGAGAACGUUCAACCCGGCGGACUACGCUGAGCCGACCCAGACAGAGGAGAGCUACGGCAGGGGAAGCACCUGGAACAACACAGGCAACCUGGAGCCAGAGGAAGGAGCCAGGAUUGAGUACUCGGCAGGAGGAGAGGGAACAAAUUACCAACCAAAGUUUGACUCUGCCCAUAUUGCCUGGAGGAGCGCGACAGAAGAGUGGGGUACUGAGGACUGGAAUGAGGACCUGUCAGAGACCAAGAUCUUCACAGCCUCUAGUGUGGCCUCCAUGCCACUCCCCCAGGAGAAUGUCACCAUCACUGCAGGACAGCGGAUUGACCUGGCAGUGCUGCUGGGGAAGACUCCCCCAUCCUCCUCAGAGGCAGAGGCCCUGGGCCCCAUGAAGGCCAGCCAGCCCCCCUCCCUCCCCCAGUCACUGGUCUUCAGCAACUCCAAGCAGGGUGUGCCGCUGUCACAACCCCCCUCCAGCAGCACCCCCUACACCCAGCACAGCAUGGUGAGCAUGCUAAGCAAGGGCUUCGGGGAAGUGGGGGACCCUAAAGGAGGCAGUACAGGGACGACCAGCGGCUCCCAGUUCUUGGAGCAGUUUAAGACUGCCCAGGCCUUGGCCCAGCUGGCCACCCAGCACUCCAAGACAGGACAGCCCACCCCCUCCUCUUGGGACACCAGCUCUGCAGCGCUGGGCCAGUAUGACAUGAACGCCCAGCCGGAGCCUGCGGCCAAUAGCCCCUUCACAAAGCGCCAGCCCUACCAACCCACCUCCGUGUUGGACGCCUUCCUCCCCCCUUCCGUCUCCUCCUCCCUGCCCCCACAGAGCACCCCCUCGUCCCACAUGGCGCCCGCCGUGACCGCCCUCCCCAAGAUGGUGGUGCCCCCCCUUGGGCAGCAGGUGUCCCCUGGCUCGCCGGACGCCCAGGGCUCCAGCCCCCUGCCAUUGCAGCAGCACAAGCUCAAGCAGCAGAAGAAGAGGACCUCCAUCACCACCAAGAUCCCAGCGAUGCCGGUGGAGAUGCCUGGCUCGGCAGACAUUUCUGGGCUCAACCUGCAGUUUGGAGCGCUGCAGUUUGGCUCUGAACCUGUGCUCCAGGAGUAUGACAGCAUCCCCGCCACCACCACACCAGGCAGCCAGGUUCAGAACAGCCUCUACAUAAGCCCCAGCAGUGAGGCGACUCCCUCCCUGUCCAACCCCAGUCAGAUGGACAUAUACGACCAGAGGGCUCCCCAGGCCCGGCGCUACCCCACAGUCUCCUUCCCGCAGAAAGACAUGCAGAAUAAGAAUGGAUUCAGUUCAAUACAGACGCAAUCUGUUGAAGUCUGCCCAGCUGUAGUGUCUGUGAAGUCAGCCUCAGAUUCGGCCGCACCCGCGUCAGUCUCCAUGGCUACAUUGACGGACAGUGGCUCAGGGCCCGCCUCCUUGUCGACCACAUCCAAUCAGUCAUUGCUCAGCACUCUGGGGCACAAUGAAGACCUGCCCCCGAAUACCAUGCCUCAGCACAGCAAUUCCCUUUCUACACAACAGAACAGUCUUGCUCUAGCACAAGUCUGCAUAUCCAGCGCCAGUCAAAUGCUCCAGAGCGUAGACAACUCCAGCUUGCACACCUCCUUCCCCUCUGUCUCGGCGGUGUCCUCUUCCUCGGUCCCCUCUUCCUCGUCGGUGGAUGCAGCAGCUCAUCAGGUCUCCAUGGGGGCCCCUCAGCCCUCUUCAGUGAACACAGUGUCUCAGUCGGUCCCCUCGGGCAUGGGCCCCGUCAGCAGCCUAGCGGGCAUGGGCCCCGUCAGCAGCCUAGCGGGCAUGGGCCCCGUCAGCAGCCUAGCGGGCAUGGGCCCCGUCAGCAGCCUAGCGGGCAUGGGCCCCGUCAGCAGCCUAGCGGGCAUGGGCCUCCACACAACAGCCUCCAUGGGACCUCCAGCCGUAGCCUCUGCAGCCCAAGCCCAGGCAAUCGCUUCCUCCGCCUCCUCACGCAGCUCUGUAGUCUCCUCAGGUCUCUUUACAGGGAAAGCACCUCCUAACCUUCCUCCUGGAGUGCCUCCUCUGCUGCCCAACCCGUACAUCAUGGCCCCCGGGCUACUGCACGCCUACCCUCCUCAGGUGUACGGCUAUGAUGACCUACAGAUGCUCCAGACAAGAAUACCACUGGAUUACUACAGCAUCCCGUUUGCCACCCCCAACACAGCACUGACUGGCAGAGAUGGCAGCUUGAGCAACAACCCUUACUCUGGUGACUUAUCAAAGUUUGGUCGAGGUGACGCGUCAUCCCCGGCGCCGGCCACCACAUUGGCCCAGCAGUCGCAGCAGAACCAGAGCCAGACGCACCACACCACGCAGCAGCCCUUCCUGAACCCCGCACUGCCCCCUGGCUACAGCUACACCAGCCUGCCCUACUACACCGGCGUGCCGGGCCUGCCCAACACCUUCCAGUACGGCCCCGCCAUGUUCCCGGUGGCUCCUACCUCGUCGAAGCAGCACGGUGUGAAUGUUGGAGUCAACGCCUCGGCAACAGCCUUCCAGCAGGCCAGCGGCUACGGUUCCCAUGGUUACAACACUGGCUAUGAGGAUAUGGGCCAGGCUUCGGGGAGUGGGGAUUUCUGUAAGGGUGGAUAUGGCACUGCCGUGGCCACCGCCGCUUCUGCUCAAAACAAGCAAGCCAGCUCUGUCAGCGGGCCUGGAGUCGGAGUCUCAGUCACGUCAAGCAACACAGGGGUCCCAGACAUUUCAGGGUCUGUUUACACAAAGACACAGCAGCAGCAGUCUUUUGAGAAGCAGCAGGGUUUCCACGGAGCCACACCGGCAACUUCCUUCAGCCUGCCCUCGGCCCUGGGCAGUGGUGGUCCCAUCAACCCCCCAGCCGCGGCUGGUUAUGCUCCGGCACCCUUCAUGCACAUCCUGGCACCGCACCAGCAGCCCCACUCUCAGAUCCUGCACCACCACCUGCAGCAGGACGGACAGAGUGGCACUGGACAGCGCAGCCAGAAUGCUUCCCUUCAACAGAAAACCCAGAUCAACAAGUCUGCAUACAACAGCUACAACUGGGGGGCCAACUAACACCUGCCCAUCCGGCCCCAUGUGUUCCAAAGUCUGACAGAAAUGGGGGCAUCCUUCCCCACAAAUGGUCUCCAUGUAACCCCUGCUCUCCUACAGAGAUCCCCUCCCCACUCUCUCUGCUCAGCACACCGGCAGUACUCACCCCUGCCACGGGUGUCGCUGAGCUGAGGGCAAGCAAGGGUAGCGGGGCAGUCUUAUAAGAGGGGGAUGGCGUUAAAUGGUUAUAGUAACAGACCAUUAAGAGCGGAGUAUUGAGUGUCUGGAAUUUGUAUGAUGUCCAACCCCCCUCCCUUUCUCUCUGUUGUAUGUAACAUAGAGCUGUUUUCUAAUAUAAUUGUUUUUGUUGUUUUUUUACUGAUGGGAGGAAAGUUGAAAAAUUUGAAGGGGACAGGCUGGUUUUCUAUUUCUCACCCUCUCCCCUUUAUACUUGGGCGAAAUGUACCCUUCCUACCAUAAACCCAAACACAGAUUAACUUUUUCCUUUGUUUCCCAUUGAGUUUGUACAACAUUUUAGUUUUAAGAAUGAAUUGUGAAGUUAAUUUUUUACCAUUAUGUAUGCAAAUGCACAGGUGUGGAAUAUGUGCGGAGUGUUUUUGUGUGUACACUGGUGGGCCUUGGGUGUGUACCGGUCCUUGUUACUCCCAAACACAGUGAGGUACACAACCCUUACACCAUGUAAAAUGAUUUCCCAUUAUUCUAUGUUGUAAAAUAGCUUUACCCCUGAUUUAAAAGUGUAACAUUUGUAGAUUGUUGCUUAUUCUGCAAGACAUCUGGAGUACAAAAUGACGUUGUACGAGAGGCCAGGGCACACCCUUACCUACCUAUGUGUUGAAUCAGUUAUUUUUCUAAUCCCUCUACACGUUCCCGCCACCUGUCUCCCCAAUAUAUUAGGAAAGCUGCAGCAAUGAUUACUGAUGGACAAAAUUGUACUAUGGUUUUGUCAGUGAUUUUUGUACUGUGCAUAAAAAAAGGUAUUUAAAUGGAUAAACUUGUACAUAUAAAAAAUAAAAAAAGUACUCUAGUCCUUAUUUGUUCAA